AAUAAAACUGGAAUUUUUUCCCUGAACGCAUAGCGAAUUUCCUGGGGCCUGUCUUCCUCUUGGAAACCCUAGUCCCCAAAUCGAGGCAUCGAACCCAGCCCGGAGCCGCGGAAUCCGCCCACGCAUCGGCUGGCAUGGCGAUCGCUCGAACCGGCGUGUACGUCGACGACUACCUGGAAUACUCGAGCACCCUGGCCGGAGACCUGCAGAGGAUCCUCUCCACAAUGCGCGAGCUUGACGACAGGGCUCACGGCAUUAUGGGUCAGACGAAAGAGCAGAUAAAGUAUCUCCUGGGAGUGUCGCCCCAUGGGUAUGACAGGUCAAACAUGGAUGACGAUGAGGUGGCCACGGAAAGGAUGAAGAAGGAUAUUGAAGUUAGCCAGGACAAUGCACUGAGUCUCUGCACCGAGAAAGUGUUGCUAGCACGCCAAGCUUAUGAUCUGAUAGAAAGCCAUAUCAAACGCCUUGAUGAAGACUUGGGCCAGUUUGCAGAAGAUUUAAAGCACGAAGGGAAGAUACCUCCAGAUGAACCACCAGUCCUUCCUCAUAUUCCAAUGGUUAGCAGGGAUGACAAAAGAAGGCUUGGUUUUAGUACACCUCAAGCAUCAAAGAAAUUCAGAGAGAGGGAAUGGGACAGGGAAAGGGGUAUGGAUUUUGAUUUAAUGCCCCCUCCAGGUAGCAGCAAGAAAGCAGGUACAUCUAUGGAUGUGGAUCAAACAAUUGAUCCAAAUGAACCGACAUACUGUAUAUGCCACCAGGUUUCGUAUGGUGAUAUGAUUGCUUGUGAUAAUGAGAAUUGUGAAGGAGGCGAAUGGUUCCAUUACUCAUGUGUGGGUCUGACACCAGAAACGAGAUUCAAGGGGAAAUGGUUUUGCCCGACAUGCAGGAACCUUCAAUGAGAGGUGCUCCAAAGUUGGUCAGGCACCUGCAAUGAGAUUAGAUUCAAGGGGGGGAUGGUUUUUGCCCAACAUGAAGGAUCUUCAAUGUGAGGCUGCCCCAAGUUGGUAGGGUGCACAAAACUCGUCACAACUUUGGAUUCCUAGGGGGUUGUUGCUUAACAGUGAAUUUAAUACUAGAAAUGCUCAUCCAUUUCUUCUGGUAAUAUAUAUACAUGGCGGUAGCAGGGAUGAUGUUCCUUGUUCGGAAUC